AUGGAGCAGAUAUUCGGGGCAGAGAAACUUGAGCGAUGGCUUCAAGAGAUCAGAGGGCAGUCAAGCAAUCGGCCUUACCGUGUUGUGCAGGAGAGCUUGGCCUGGGAUCUCAUCACCGCUCUGUACCAUGAUAACUUCGCUAUGGUCAAAGAGCGCUGCGCUCCCGAUGUCAUGCUACUUGUGGAUAUUCAACUCUCUGGUCAGAUCUUCCACGGCCUAGAAGAGAUCAAGCAAUACUUUCAGGAGAACCCCGGCUGGGUGGACGAAAAGAUGACCAUUGUUGAUCGCCUCCGCAUUACCUACCCAGUCGAGUUCUUUUCGACCCGCGACUCAUGUGGCAGGGCCUUUAAGCAACGCAGACUCAUCAUCUUGGACAUGAACAACAACCAGAAGUUUGUUCGUAUCGAGAUGAGACCCGUUGGCCGUAAGGAGUCAGUCGAUCCGGAUGCGCCGAUUCCGCAAGAUGGUUUAGGGUUCGGAGUUGACAACUCUCUUUGA